CACCGAUGGCUCACAGGAAGAAAUCAGUGGCUUCCAAAGCCAGCUGCUCCCGGAACAAUCCCACGGAGACGCCAGUUGUUACAGGGCCCAAUAUGGAUUCUCUGGGUUUCCGGGCUAUGGACACCAACGUCCCGGGUUUGUCACAGGUCAUUCUUCAAAAGCUCAACAUGAAGAGCUAUGACCAAUACAGGUCUGCAAUGGAGGGCAAAGAACUCUGUGUGGGUUUCGGGAUCCGAUCCUAUUUUGAGAUGUUCCAGAAAAUGGAGGACACAUUCAAGUUCUGCGUCGAGUGCAAGAAACUUCCGGAAUCUCUGCCUGAUCCCAAAAGCCUGAGGCGGUGCAAAAGAUGCCAGAAUGUCUAUUAUUGUGGCUCGGAGUGUCAGCGGGUGAACUGGCCCGUUCACAAAAAGUUCUGCAAGAAGCUGAAGCUUGUGGCCCUGGACCGACUAGUGGAAUGGCUUGAAUUCACAGGCGACAUCCCGUUUCCCACGGGCCCCUGGACAAAGCGAAUCCAAGACGUGAGAGGCUGGGAAGACUGGUUCUUGAUGCAGGAGGAUCUGGAUGAAAAACUCAGCUCUGUCAUGACCGGCCGUUACAUGAGCAUCCUCUGGGCCAACGCUGGGAAGCCCAAACCGGACGAGCCGGAGCUGAGGGAGUCGGUCAAGCGGGUGACGACGGACUUUGUGUCCCGGCCGGCUACCAUCGGCCUGGGCAUCUACGCCUUCGGGCUCGAUCCCUACGCCAAGCCGAUGACGGUGCACGUGGUCGGGGCGUCCCACGUCGAGACCCUCAACGCUCGGGCGACGGAUUACGACGAGUUGUCCCGCCUGUUCCCAAAGCACCAGGGCAUCGAGGUGGUGAUGGUGGGCGUCGAUGUGGUGGACGGGCCCAUCAUGAGAUCUCCGCUGGUGGCCUUUGGGCCCCGGGAAAGAGUCUACCUCAGCAGCUACAAGGGCCUUUAUCACGACUUCUGGGAGUCGGAAGUGGAGACUCAGCAGGCAGCUCGGCCUGACAUCGUGGUUGGCUUCCAUCCAGGAUUCCAUGCCUGCCAUGACCUGAUGGAAAGCUGGCUGCCCACCCUGCUGCUCCUCCGAGACUACAAGAUCCCCUCGCUCUUCACAGUGUACAGCGAGCAGGAAUUGAAGAACUCCCUCAAGAUCCUGAUAGAACUGGAGACCCAGAUCACCGGCUGCGGGGCCAACCCCUUCGCCUCCCUCAAACCGGAGCAGGCCUACUCAAACCCCAACAAGCCUCCUGUCUACUGCAACUCCCACUACGUGAUGUUCCAUGGGCUGUCUGGCCCUCCAGAUGAACUGGAUGUAGGAAAACUGGAUGGGGAAGAGGAAGAGGAGAGGAAAUAG